AUGCUGCUGCUCCUUCUGCUCACAAAUGCUUUUGUCCUUCUGCCCUGGGCUGGGGCUGGAAGGAUCAUUGGUGGACGAGAAGUUAAACCCCACUCCAGACCCUACAUGGCUUAUUUAGAAAUUAAAAAUGGCUCAAAACCUAGUUACUGUGGAGGGUUCCUGAUUCGCCCAGAUGCAGUGCUCUCAGCAGCUCACUGUGUGGAUAAAAAAGGGACAGUGAGGGUCACUGUGACUCUGGGAGCCCACAAUGUAAACAGCCGAGAACGGAGCCAGCAGAAGAUCCGUGCUGGAAAAUGGGUCAUCCAUCCUCAAUAUUUGCAUAAAGGCUUCAAAAAUGACAUUGUGCUGCUGAAGCUGAAGCCAAGGGCCAGGAUCAAUAAGCAUGUGCAGUUUAUCUCCAUUCCCAGGAGAAAUGAACAUGUGAGAGAAGGAGAUUUAUGCACGGUGUCUGGCUGGGGCUGGACAUCUGUGACAGGAAACAAGACUAACAUGAUGCGAGAAGUGAAACUGAAGGUGCAAGAGGAGAAAAUCUGUCAGCAGCUUUUCCGUAACUACCAGCGUCAGUCUAUGAUCUGUGUUGGUGAUAAAUACAGUAAAAAAGCAACUUACAAGGGUGAUUCUGGUGGCCCAUUAGUCUGCAAUAAGAAGGCUCAUGGCAUUGUUUCUCAUGCACGUGAGCACAAUCUCUUCCCUGAGGCAUUCACCAGGAUCUCGCACUUUGAGCCCUGGAUCCGUAAGCAGCUGAAGAGGUUUUCACUCCAAGAUAUUCCUGGCUAUCCAUCCUCUGACUAA